AUGGAUUCCUCAAAGCCUGGCAUCGACCUGGAGAAGGAGCUGACGUGCUCUAUCUGCGCCGAACUCCUCUACCAGCCGUUGACCCUCCUCGACUGCUUGCACACUUACUGCGGCGCAUGCCUCAAGGACUGGUUCUCUUACCGGUCUCAGCAGAUCGAGAACUCGCCAAAUCCUCCGCCCGCGGGCACGAAUAUCUUCACUUGCCCGUCAUGCCGUGCCCCAGUCCGCGAUACGAGGCACAAUGCCACCGUCGCGACCCUUCUCGACAUGUUCAUCGCGGCGAACCCGGACCGAAAGAGAUCCGAUGCGGAUAUGGAGGAGAUGAGUAAGAAGUACAAGCCAGGCGACAAGGUUUUACCACGAAUUAGGAGCCCAGAGAGGACGUCAGAGGAGAGGCGGGCGGAAGAGGAGGAGCGCCGCCUGCUGGAAGAGGUGCGGGAGAUGAGCAGGAUAGCAGCUCUGCUGACGGCCGAACACGACGAAGCCGAGACCCGAGCCGGGACAGAAGUCACAGUCACCGACAUGAGGGCAGUCGACGACCCCGCACCGAAGAGGGCCGGUCUUACGGCGACCAGCUGCAACCAGAUUCGUCAGGCGAACAGAGGAGAAGGCGGAGAAGCGACUCGAGACAACGUGCUGAUGAGCUGUCUGCCGAAAGUCGACGUCGACAAAUUGAGCACCAGUCAUCUCUAA